CUGCAGAGUGGACGCCACGAUCUUCUCUUGUACCAAAUCCCAUACGUCUCCAUUUGAUCUGGAAAAUAACCAUGACUGAGCCCCACCCGCGGCCCUGGUGGCCCUGACCACACAUGCACACUGACGAGCUGCUCCCAUUUUGCUCAGCUCCUGCAGCCCAUCCGACAGAAGCAGCACCAUGUCCUCCACACUCAUCAGCCUCUUGUAUCUCGGAGCCUGACUGGUCCAGAGGACCUGGGCACCCAUGGGUGGACACCACAAGCCCUCCCUGUCAGCCUGUCAGAGCCCUGUGGUUCCCCUAGGAGGACACGUGACUCUGAAGUGUCAGUUUCCCCUUCCCUUUGCCACAUUCAAAUUAUUCAGAAGAGAGGGGACCCGCAGCCGUGAGCUCCAGAGACGUCGUUCCAACAGCUUCACGAUAGACCUGGUGAGCGUGGCACACGCGGGGUUCUAUGCCUGUUCCGUGGCUCUCUGCCACAGCUGCAAGUGGUCAGCACAUAGAGACCCCCUGCAGAUCGUGGUCACAGGUGUGCUCAGGCGUCCCUCCAUCUCGGCCCAGCCCAGCUCCCUUGUGCACGCAGGGGCGAGUGUAACCCUGUGCUGUCACUCACAGCUGAUUUUUGACACAUUUAUCCUGCACAGAGAGGGGGGCACACAGUAUUCUCAGCAACACCCCCUUACGCCUGCACGUGAGGAGACCUACAGAUGCUACGGCGCCCUCAGCCACGCCCCCCAGGAGUGGUCGGCCCCCAGUGACCCCAUGGAUGUCGUGGUCACAGGAAAACACGAGAAGCCGCAUCUCUCGGCCCUGCUGGGCACUGCGGUGUGGUCAGCAGGGAACGUGAUCUUGCUCUGCGGCUUCGAGAGCUCUUUUGACAUGUACCACCUGUGCAGGGCUGGGCAGGCCUGCCCACGCAGGCUGGCUGCAGGGCGGAGCCACAGCGGGGCCUCUCAGGCCGCCUUCCCCCUGGGCCCCGGGACCCCAGCCCAGGAAGGGGCCUACACGUGCUACGGCUCUUUCAACCACUCCCCCCAUGAGUGGUCAGUCCCGAGUGACCCAGUGCACCUCUCUGUCCCAGGUGAGGAAUCCCGAACCUGCCCCGUGUCUCCAAUACACUAGACCACGGAGCUCUAUCUGAAGGGCACCCUGUUGGUGACAGGGGAUCCGGGGCUUCUGGAGAAACAGAAGCAGUGAGAAAUACAGAGAGGCUGGGACACAGGCCCCUGCACGCCCCCCACCCUUCCUGGGUGGAAGCCCACACUGGGGGCCUCUGGGUCCAGGUGAACGAAGA